AUGUUUCCGAUAAGACUGACCUCGGCCAGGUUAGCAACCUCUAGGGGAAGGCUCGGUGCUUUUCCGUGGAGACUAGCCAACAGAUGGAGCAUGGGCCCGAACAAGAGAAUGCUUAGUUCAUCCAACGUUGCUGCUUUUAAAUAUUCCAUGAGACGGUUUGAGAACUCUAACAAGGAUAAUCACGAGAACAAGAAUUCUGGGUCUGGCUCAAAAGGGCAGCCGCCUUCCAGAAACCUGGACCACUUCCUUACAUCUCUGAUUGCCACUUCCGUGAUCAUGUCUGUGUAUUCUGUUAUGUCGAAUAACAACUCUGCACCUGCACUGACCUUCCAGGAUUUCAAGACCCAGUAUCUUGAGAAAGGACUGGUCAAAAAGAUCUGGGUUGUUAACAGAUCCUACGUCGAAGCUGAGUUGCAUGCUGGAAACGGCAUAGGGUUCGGAAACAAGAUGGUGGGGUUCACGAUUGGGUCUCUGGAGGUUUUCGAAGAACAGGUGGAUGAUGUUCAGGACAAAUUGGGUAUUCCAGCUGCUGAGCGGUUGCCCAUUUCUUACGUUGAAAGAGGUGGAUAUCUCGGAUAUCUGGUGGCUUUCUUGCCUGCCGCCCUCAUUGUUGGUGGAUCUUACUAUAUGAUGAGCCAGGUCCGGAAAUCUGGUAAGGGAUCUGCUGGAAUGGGAGGUCUUUUCAAUGUCGGAAAGUCUAAGGCGAAAAUUUUCAACCAGGAAACAGACAUCAAGGUCAACUUCAAGGACGUUGCCGGGUGUGACGAAGCCAAGGAGGAGAUAAUGGAGUUUGUCAAGUUCUUGAAAGAUCCUAAGAAGUACGAAAGACUAGGUGCAAAAAUUCCCCGUGGUGCUAUUUUGUCUGGUCCUCCAGGUACCGGUAAGACGCUUUUGGCAAAGGCUACAGCUGGUGAGGCCGGAGUUCCCUUUUUGUCUGUGUCUGGUUCAGAGUUCGUGGAGAUGUUUGUGGGUGUGGGUGCUUCGAGAGUGAGAGACCUGUUUGAAACUGCUAGAAAGUUAGCCCCUGCAAUCGUGUUCGUAGACGAGAUUGAUGCCAUUGGAAGAGAGCGUAGCUCUAACGGGUUCGGAAAUGACGAGAAGGAAGCCACCUUGAACCAACUUCUGGUUGAAAUGGACGGUUUCCAGUCCUCGGAUCAUGUUGUUGUUCUGGCUGGUACGAACCGGGCUGAUGUCCUGGAUAAGGCCCUUAUGAGACCUGGAAGAUUCGACAGGCAUAUUUCGAUCGAUAGGCCUGAUAUCAGUGGAAGAAUGGACAUCUUCAAGGUCCAUUUGAGCAAGUUGACUCUCGCUGAUCCAUUGAACGACAGACUCACUGGAAGACUCUCUGCUAUGACGCCUGGGUUCUCGGGUGCUGAUAUUGCUAACUGCUGUAAUGAGGCUGCUUUGAUUGCUGCCCGUCUUGAGGCCAACAGCGUUGAGUUAAAGCACUUUGAAAUGGCAAUUGAAAGAGUCAUUGCCGGAUUGGAGAGAAAGUCGAGAGUUUUGUCUCCUGAGGAGAAAAAGACCGUUGCGUUCCACGAAGCUGGACAUGCUAUCUGCGGUUGGUACCUGGAACACGCUGAUCCUCUGAUGAAGGUAUCUAUCAUUCCAAGAGGCCAGGGUGCACUUGGAUAUGCCCAGUACCUUCCAGCUGAUGCUUACCUUAUUUCCCAAAAUCAGUUUAUGGACAGAAUGAUCAUGGCUUUGGGUGGAAGAGUUUCUGAAGAACUACACUUUCCUUCGGUGACAACCGGAGCUUCUGACGAUUUCUCCAAGGUGACCAGAAUGGCACAAGCCAUGAUCACCAAGUUGGGAAUGUCCAAAGAACUUGGAACAAUUACGUUUGAACAGGAAAACAAGUCAGGAGGGGUACGGGUGGCCAAGCCAUUCAGUGAAGACACCGCCUACAAGAUUGACCAGGAGGUCAAGAAACUGGUUGACUCGGCCCACGAUCAGUGUAAGAAGAUGCUCACUGAGAAGUUAGCACAGGUCGAUCUUGUUGCCAACGAGCUUUUGACGAAAGAAGUUAUUACAAGAGACGAUAUGCUGAGACUCUUGGGCCCACGGCCAUUCCCCGAGAAAAAUGAGGCCUUCAAGAAGUAUAUGGAUCAACCAUGGGAGAAGUCGGCGCCACCUCCGCCACCGGAAGAGACUGCGCCACUUCCAUAG